AUGUUUUUAUCGACUUUCGAAGGUGCAAAUGCUCCUUUCAACUGGGAUACCGAUAUCAAAGCUGUCCUUGCUGCUAGUGGUCUUCCCGUUUAUUUUGUACCUAUGUUUAAUCAAUGGCAAGCGCCUGCACCAAAUGCUUAUCCAUUCGUCGAUGGUCUAUUCAGAUGGACAAAUCCUUCAUUGGGUUUUGCAAACGAUAUACAAGUCGAUGCUGACUAUGCUGCGUUGCGUGCAGCAACCGGAAAAACAUGGAUGGCUGGUGUUGCACCGUGGUUUUUUACUCACUACAAUUCGAAGAACUGGGGUAAUCCAGAAGAUGAUCAAAUUUUUUUUGAUAAAUGGGAACGACUCUUGGAACUGAAACCCGAUUUUAUAGAACUAGUUACUUGGAAUGAUCAUGGUGAAUCAAGUUAUUUGGGACCCGUCGAAGGUGUUAUAGAAGAUCAAACAUGGGCUCGUUUACCUCAUGAUGCUCUACUCGAUUUAUCUUCAUAUUAUCAUACUGCUUUUAAAACUGGUAGUAAACCAGCUAUCACAGAAGAAAAAGCCUAUUAUUUUUAUCGUACCCAUUCACUUAAUGCCAAAGCCACCAAUGAUCCAUUAGGUUUACCCGAGGAGAUGAAAAUGCAAAAAGAUCAUAUAUUUGUCAUUACAAUGUUGGCUUCUGCUGCAACUGUUGUUAUCAAAUCAGGUAGUAAGACUUAUGAUCCGAUCUCUGUACCAGCUGGUGUUCAUAAGAUCGGCGUUCCCUUCCAACAAGGCACUCAAACUGUGACUGUCCGUCGUGGCAGUACUCAAGUGAUGACUGGAACAUGUGCUACACCAAUCAGCGACAACAUUCAAUUGUACAACGGAAAUAUUGUCGUGGAUAUGAUGACAGUAAAAGGAGGACAAGUUGUUGUGCCAGAUACCACCGCGUCCCCUACAACUUCAACGGCACCAGAUACCACCGCGCCUACUAGACCCUCCACAACUUCAAAGACACCAAUAACCUCAGACUCAUGUCCCAAUCAAGACCGAUACGAACGCAAGAAUUGUCGAAAGGGUGACAAACAAUCAUGUGAAGCUGCAAACUGCUGUUGGUCCCCAUUGGAAGAAGGCAGUGGUGAACCCUGGUGCUAUCUUAAACCAGCCGUAGUCACACCAGGAUGUCCCUAUCAAGAUCGAUACGAACGUAAGAAUUGUUAUAAGGGUGACAAACAGUCAUGUGAAGCUGCAAACUGCUGUUGGUCACCACUCGAGGAAGGAAGUGGAGACCCUUGGUGUUAUAUUAAGCCAUAA